UCCGAAUCGAGGUUAGAUACUUUUAUUUUGAACUCUGUCUUAUAUUCAACGUUUCAUGUUGAAACAGUCCAACAGAACACCUUUUAAGGCAAGCAAUGAAAAUUUAUAAAGUACCAUUUCAAAAUAAGUGAGCGUCACCAAGACGAUUGCGGUAUAGUUUGUUUGCCAGUGAAUACCAAUUACACAUUUCGUCGUACUGAAUGUGUAAUGUGCGAAUGAAAAGUAUUACGACAACGCAAACGCAAUAGAAUCUUGUGUGAAUGAGCAUUCGCAGAAGAAAGUGUGUGCAUCCAAAGUCAAGUGCAUCGGCGACAACAAUAAGCAAAGUCUUUUUUAUCUGUUUAUUUUGUUUGUUGCUGCGUUGCGGAAUGCGCUUAGUGUGAAGUUUGGUCCAAUUUUGAAUUCGUUUGUCAAAAGCAAUCGGAAGAUUAGUUGAAACUGCAGCAAGCGACGUGUGUGUUUAAGUGAACUGAAUGGCACCUUUAGGCAUAAAAGGACACAACCAACAACGCACCAGCUACUAGCGAACCAAAUCACGGUUUAGUUACAUCAAGAGAUUGCCCUGUGUCUUCGAGUCCACAACAUUUGACGAGUACAGUUACAGUGUCGAACAGAAGGCAAGUGCGCGUAUGCUCUCCAUGCGCACUGUAAGGUGGAUUACGGCUAUGUGAUAAUUGAGUUAGUGCAGUAAGGAACGAAAAAAUAGAAGCAAACUAAGUGCAAGGUGUGUCGAAUGUCAUCCUAGCACGUGUCACGGACGAUUAGUGUGCUGCCCUACUGCUGUAAAAUAAAGAAAAGAGAGCAAAGUGAUCUCAGUCGGCCACAUCAUAUGAAGAAGAGUGUAUACAUGGAUAUCGCCAGUGUAUAACAAUUGCUACUAUUGGUUGUCGGUGCCGUUAUCGCGUAAUCUGAGAUCUGGAAGGGCUUUUCGGCACAAGAGUUGGCACCUUCGUCGUGAUUUUUUGAGAGCUGCUGCAGCUGCUAAGUUCUCGGGUUUCUAGCAUUUCGACAGCUAAGCUACUGGUAUUCGACAUCUUCGGAGUUGUUAGCUAAGCCAUUCUCUCGACCCACAACUAUUGUAGUAACGGAAGCCGCCUGUUGAGUACGACCUAACUUUUCAGAAUGGAGUGCUGCUUAUCCGAGGAGGCCAAAGAGCAAAAGCGCAUCAAUCAGGAGAUUGAGCGGCAGCUGCGACGAGACAAACGGGAUGCCAGGCGCGAACUUAAGUUGUUGCUACUGGGUACUGGUGAAUCGGGUAAAUCAACAUUCAUCAAACAGAUGCGUAUUAUCCACGGUAGUGGCUAUUCGGACGAAGAUAAGCGGGGUUUCAUAAAACUAGUCUACCAAAACAUAUUCAUGGCAAUGCAGUCGAUGAUACGAGCGAUGGAUCUGUUGAAAAUCCUCUACAGUGAUCCAGCAAAUAUCGAACACGCUGAAUUGAUUCGAAGUGUAGACUUUGAAACAGUAACCACAUUCGAACCGCCGUACGUUCAAGCAAUCAAAGACUUAUGGGCCGACGCUGGCAUCCAAGAAUGUUACGAUCGAAGGAGAGAGUAUCAACUAACAGAUUCCGCUAAAUAUUAUCUAAUGGAGAUCGAUCGUGUCGCGGCAACAAACUAUCUUCCAACGGAGCAGGACAUUCUGAGAGUGCGUGUUCCCACGACUGGAAUAAUCGAGUAUCCCUUCGAUCUGGAAGAAAUCCGGUUUAGAAUGGUGGACGUCGGGGGACAAAGAUCUGAAAGAAGGAAAUGGAUUCAUUGUUUUGAAAAUGUUACAUCGAUCAUCUUCUUAGUUGCUCUUUCUGAGUACGAUCAAAUUCUGUUUGAAUCCGAAAAUGAGAAUCGAAUGGAAGAGUCGAAGGCAUUAUUUAAAACGAUUAUUACGUACCCAUGGUUCCAGCAUUCUUCAGUAAUCCUGUUUUUGAACAAAAAAGAUUUACUCGAGGAAAAGAUAAUGUAUUCACAUUUGGUCGACUAUUUCCCCGAAUAUGAUGGUCCUAAACUAGACGAUGUUAAAGCGCGAGAGUUUAUUUUGAAAGUUUACCUCCGUGAAAACCCUGAUCCGGAUCGAAUGUGUUACUCACAUUUCACUUGUGCCACAGACACUGAAAACAUUAAAUUAGUGUUCUGUGCCGUGAAAGAUACUAUCAUGCAAACCGCACUUAAAGAAUUCAAUUUAGCUUAAUAAAACAUGCACUUAUACUAUUGCAUUUAACGAAUCCAAUGAAAUUGGUUAUAAACUCGAAUUCGUUUUAAGUCGUUUUCGUUAACAAUUUUAAGCUCUGUUUUAAACAGUACCAACAACGUAUGUUUCGUGCGCAGGUUUGUGUGCUUAAUGCUUUGAUUAAUUUCAAAGAACAAAUUUUUGGUAACUUAAUUUUUGUUUUCACGAAAUUGUUUCUAAUAAAGCGACAUUAUGUAAAACUUUAAGAGUUCAGUCUUAUU